AUGAGUACUUAUCUGAGCAAAAUAGAAAGAAUAAUCAGUAAUUUUGAAGGGGAUGACAGGAAUAGCCUUGUGAAGCAUUGCAUAUCGGUCUUAAGAGAUGUUCUGCUUGAUGACAGAGAAGUAAAGCGAGCGAAGCUCGAUGUAGUGGCUGAUUUAUAUUCCAUUAGUGUGGAUGAUGCAGAUGCACUGCUGGACGAAGUUCUAUCACACAAGAUACUGCAGGUAAGGGCACUGAUUCUUGAUCUUGUAGAUAAUGAUUACUCGGUCGACUACGAGGAUGUCCGCAUGCCUGAACGAUGGGCCAGGAAGAUAGUGAAAGAUGUUGGGGAUACAUUCGACUUUGGAUCUGAGUUUGGAAUGAAGGCGUUUUUGAUGUAUAACAAGAAGCUUCUUGAUGAGUUUUGUGCGAUAUUUGUCUCUGCAAACCGGAAGUUUGGGUCAAAUGGGAACCAGCUGCUGCUCAAUUUUUACUACUACAAGAAAGAAGUUGGCAGGAAGGCUUGUGAAGUAAGUAAAGACACAGAUAAUGACUUUGAGGAGUUUUUUAGUACGAUAAAGCAGUCAUUCAGAAACAACCUGUACAAAACCGAAGAAGAAUUAGACGAGAUACUCAGAGAGAAACAAAAUGCAUAA